UCCUUCUUAUCUUCUUCCGCUUUAGUAACCAAAAUCCCUAUAAUUUCCUUAUGGCCGACUCACACAGACGAACCUCCGGUGCCAGCGGCCGCCAUCCCCAGCAGCCAAGCCGCCUUCAACGCCGGGCUCCGGCGUCCCUGCAAAUCAACCGCUCCGAUUGGAAGGUCGCCAUCCCUCUCUUGUCCCCGCUCGUCUCUCCUUCCUCUCCUAAAGAUAUUCAAAAUUGGACGCCCGAUUCAAGAGAAGCUUCCUCCAGUUCUUCUCAGCACCAUCAUCAUAAAGAAUCGGAGCCGGAGAAGCCGCCGGUUUUUAAGAAAUGGCAGCAUCCGGCGGCUCCUUUCCAUUACGAUUCCGGUCCUAGGGCCCCCAGAUUCGUACCCGUUUAGAUUUUUCUUUUUUCCUUUCUUUUUGAAAUAAACUCUCGAAUUCGAUCUGUAAUCAUAAGAAUUUGUAGUCUGUAGAUCUAACGGUCUGUUUUUGACGAGCUUAUUGACUGCAUCUUAUGCUUAACCACACUGGAUUAUUUGUA